CCCUCUGACAUAACCUCACUUUCACAAAAACAAUAACAUGAUUCUAGGAAAAAUCGUCGAAUCUGGCAGCCACCUCCACCGCAGAUUCUUCCACAUAUCUAGGUCUCUUCUCUGGAACAUCACCCAGUGUCCAGAACUCGACACCGACUACUUAUGCAACCCCCACAAUGCACAAGAAAUUUCGGACAAUAUUACAGCUCGGAAGGGCGUCGGCGACAUUAAUCUAGUCCACGAAUUGAAACAAAAGUUAAGUCAGUUGAAUACCCAAGACACAAUGUACGAAUCCACCCAGAAGCAACUUUAUUCAGAGUUGCUUAAAAUCCCAAACCGGACUCAUCCGGAGGUCGCCGGGUAUAACAACGACCCCAAAAUCGUGAAAGAAGUUGGUAAUAAACCAAACCCCGACACUGACUUGAAAGAGUUUCAAGAAAUCACGAAACGCCUAAAAUUGGUGCGCACCGAUCAACUUGGUAAUCUUUCAGGAAAUAAAAGUUACUACUUGUUGGGGGAACUGGCGGAGCUUGAACAUGCCCUUGUUCGUUACGUAGUCGCUGAUUUAAUUAAAAACAAGUUUGAGUUGAUUUCAGUGCCUGAUAUUUUACCCAGAGAGGUUAUUGAGGGUUGUGGAAUGAACACCCGAGGGGCGCGGACUCAGGUGUACACGCUCGACGAACGGUUGCAUGGACCCGACCUAUGUCUCUCAGGGACUUCAGAAAUGGCUUUAGCUGGUUAUCUUUCUAAUCAAACUUUAUCCCAUGACCGUUUACCACUGAAAUUGGCGGCUGUGAGUCGGUGCUACCGGGCUGAAACUUCUAACCUUCUUGAAGAACGAGGGAUUUAUAGGGUUCAUGAAUUUACUAAAGUGGAAAUGUUUGUGGUGUCAUCACCUGAAGCGUCUCAUGAUGUACUGGAAGAAAUUAGACAAAUUCAGGAGGGUUGUUUUGGGUCUUUGGGGCUACAUUUUAAGGUUUUGGAUAUGCCUGCGCACGAAUUGGGGGCUCAGGCCUAUAGGAAGUACGAUAUUGAGGCUUGGCUUGCUGGUAGACAGAUCUAUGGCGAGAUUUCAAGUUGUAGUAAUUGUUUAGAUUACCAAUCGCGACGUUUGGGGGUUAGGUAUAGCAAAAACGACAGUGUAGGUUUUGUGCAUACUUUAAAUGGUACGGCUUGCGCAAUUCCAAGGUUGUUGAUAGCGUUGGUUGAAGGUGGGCAACAGAAAAACGGGACAAUCGCUAUUCCGGAUGUGUUACAUAAAUACAUGGGUAAAAAUGUGAUAGGUAAACAAAAGAAAAUACCAGAGUUGAAGUUAAUAAAAAAUAAAAAGUAGUAGGGUGUGGCUUUUAUUAACACCUUAGAUACAAGUUUAAUAUCUACAUUUACAAUAAUUUAAAUAUUUUAAUGGUUAAAACUAUGUAA